UGUCAUGGAGUCGCAGACCAAGUCCAAGCUGCUCGAAGCCAAGCAGCGGCGGAAGGACGUCUCGAGCGAUGCCAUGCUGCUGCAGAACCGCAUCUCGCUCCUCAAGGCCGAGGAAGCGCGGGCGUGGAAGAAGAUUGAGCAGACAAAGAAGCGGGCACACGAGCUGCUCAAGCUGCGCCAAGAGAAGGACCAGUACGCGCGCGAGCGCAAUGCGCUCAUGACGCAGGCCGAGCGCGAGCUCCAUACGAUCCAGCAGGCCAAGCGCGAAGUCGUCCUCGCCUCCGAGAAGAAGGAGAUUGAUGCAGCGAUCCUCGAACAAAAGCGCAACGAAGCACAACAGCUCAAGGAAGACAAGCAAAAAUGGCGGCAGUACACCGAGACGAAGAAGCGCCAGGAGCUCGAAGAUGCGAUUCGCCGGCGCGAAGACAUUGUCAAGCAGCAAGACCAGCUGCGCCGCACCAAGCGCACCAAGCAGGCGGAGCUGGAGCGGGCCAACAAGGCGCGCGCCGACGGUAUUGUCAAGCGCGAGGAGCAAGUCUUUCACGAAAAGGAGCUCGAAGUCCAGGAAAUGGAGAAGCUCGAGAUGGAGCUCAUCCAGCGGUUAAGAAACACGCAGCACCUGCAAAAACAGGCGUACGAAGAGCUCGAGAACGCACUGAACGGGUCGUUCGCGACCACGAGCGUCUCGUAGGCCUCUAGUUGCGACUGCAAAUAAACUAUCUGUCUGGCC